UUACUAAAGAUUUGAUUUCAUCACAUUCAGAAUUAAAACGAAAUAAGUGAUGGCAUCAAAUGAAGCGAACAAGAACCAAGGGAUUGAUGGAAUUGAAGAUGCAAUGGGAGAGCUAAUGAGCUCUGAAAAUUACAUCAUUGUUGACAUUGGAGCUAACCUCACCAAUAAGAAGUUCACAAGGGACCUAGACUCUGUUGUGUCAAGAGCUCGAGAUGCAGGAGUUCACAAGAUCAUGGUAACGGGCAUUACAGUACAGAGCAGUAAGGAAGCACUACGCCUAACCCGCCUCUUCCCAGAGACAUUAUACUCAACUGCAGGAGUACACCCACAUGAAGCGAAAACUUGGGAUGACGAAACCGAAGAGGCUCUACGAGAAUUGGCUGCCAACCAAGAGGUGGUAGCCAUAGGUGAGUGCGGACUGGACUUCAAUCGAAACUUCUCUCCUCAAGAUGUCCAGCUUGAGGUCUUUGAAAAGCAGGUCUCCCUAGCAUGCGAGUUGAGAAAACCACUUUUCGUACACGAAAGAGACGCCCAUAAGGAGGUGCUGGAGGUGUUGGGGAAAUACAAAGCACGUCUUCCUCCUGUGGUGAUUCACUGCUUCACAGGGGAUGCCACACAAGCAGCUGCCUACCUCAAAGAAGGAUGUUACAUUGGUCUUACAGGCUAUGUAUGGAAAGACAAAUCUGAGGAUGGUGUAAGGAGAAUUUUAGAAGAUGGAGUAGUCCCACUAGACAGACUCCUUGUUGAAACUGAUUCGCCAUUCAUGUACCCCAAUACUCGUGCCUCCAAGCUACCUCCAUAUGUCAAAGAGGCACUCACGGAAAGAUCUUUGACGUUUCUUCACCGAUACUGCACCUUCCAACGCAACGAACCUUGCUCUCUGCCAGUAACUAUUGAGAUGAUUGCAGCUUACAUGAAGAAGAAAUCUGAGCAAGUAGCUCUCCAAACAACCUUCAAUGCUUUAAAGGUGUUUGGUUUGAGCACAUGAGAAACUGGCCUCUAAUAACUUUUUUUCUUUCAAAUUCAAAGAUCAAUAGUACUUGGUGUACUUUUGCUCUGUUACUUGAAACAGUUAUGUGAAAGAUAUACCAUGUUUUUCCUCCAAAAAGAAAAGAUUACAGGUAAAGUCUUAGCCCACUUGCUCUACAAUUGGGUUGCUUCCUUUUUCAUAUUUCUUUUGUUCUUUCUCUCUCUUCUCCUUCUUUUUUUCACCCACAACAAAGAAGACUUUUUCACCAAUGCAUUUUGGGGGUGUGGCUUCCAUGUGAUGUUUAUCGCUUAAUGUAGUUGCUAAUGAAAUCAAUUCAAGUCUUACCAAAGCACUUGUUGAUUUGCAAUCUGUGACAUAAAAGCUUUUUCUAUUUCCAUAUUGUCAAGGGCUCUAUCAGAGCAAUAGACCAUAUAGAGUGUCACAUUCAUGCAGCUCAUUUCUUUAUGUAUAUGAUUUUUUUCUUAUUAUAGAAUCAAAGAUUUUGUACCUUCUGGCAAGGUCUGCCUGCUUGUAGCAAUUUGAGUAUAUCCCAAGAUUAUCACUUGGUUCCACAAUUCUGCAUGGUGGAUAACAGAGAGGUAAUUGUGUGACAACUAUCACAUGUUCUAGUUAAUUAUUAAGUUGCAUCACAAUAUUACCAUUAGAUGAUUGGUCUUAUCCUUUUGUGCUGCCAGUUCGAGAAUAUAACAUAGUGCUGGUAUUAUUAUGGACUUUGACUGCAGCUUAUACAUCAGUCUGUGCUAGUAAUACUUUUCAUUAUUGAGGGUAAAGUAAUCAAACCCCCCACCGUCUCAGACACCAUUUCUGUGGAUGUGGAUGGGUCUUUGUCAUGCUAGAGCAGUAGAAGAGAAUAAAGUGUUUGCAGCUCUAGGUGGUAUGAAAAUCACUUGCAACAAGUGUAUGGUUAGAAUGUGUUUUUUGUGUGCUAUGGUAGUCAGAACCCAAGCUGCAAGAUGACAAAAAUAAAAAUGAAUAAAUGAAAAUUUUAAUCCAUUCACAAUAACAGUAUAAUGUAUCCAAAUUGAUUUUUUUAAAGAUAAAAAAUCCUCAAAAGUUUUUAAUUGAUUUAUAUAAUUUAUUUUUUGAAAUAUCAGUCUUGUAUUAGAUAUGCUUUACUUUGUAAUCUAAAAGGAAUUUAAGAUUGUGAUAAGUGAUGGUGCUUCUUAUGUGAUGUUACUGUUGGUAUCAUAGUUUGAUAAUGACAAAUGUAAAAGUGCCUAAACCAAAAUUAUAUUUCUCAGUAUUAGUGUUUUUUUAUAUCAUGCAUUCAAUGUAUGUGUAUAUAUGUUUGGGGUCAGUAGGCUUAUUUAUUUGAUGAGAUUAUGUAGCAAAAAUUCUUUAUUUUUUAUAUUUCUGUUUGUUUAGACUGUUUGUUUAUAUAUAUAUUUUUAGUUUCUUUGAAAAGUAUGAUAUGAUUAGUAACUUUAUUUUAUUUUUUAUUGUUAAUAACAUUAUUUUUUUCUUCUUUUUUUAGGUCAGAUUCUUAUUACUCCUUUUUUAAACAUAUUAUUUGUUUAUUUUUGGACUGUUUUUUCUUGUUUAUUUUUUAUCAGUUUAUUUUGAUUUAUGGCAUAUAUAUUUUUUCUUAUUCAUUUAAUUAUUUGUUUAUUUUUAUUGAAUAAUUUAUUUCUUUUAGCAAAAAUACCAUUCUUUGGAAUACCAAACUCUAGUCUAUGUUUACCUUAUUUUCUUCAUGACAAAUCCAUUUCUCAUAAUAAGACUAUAUCGGUGUUCCUUCUCUUCUUUUUCUGUCUUUUACUUUAUUUUACCCAUAGUUUUUAUUAAUUUCUCUGGAUCAUGUUUUUUCACCAAUGCCUUAUAUUGGGUCAGUUAAUUUGCUGUCUCUUGAACAUCUAAACAUAUUGAUAUAAUAUUUUUUUGUGUAUAUACCUCAAUUCAAAUUAUACUUGGCUGCUUUCCCCUUUUUUAUAUAUAUAUUUUAUGUGCUUGAGUUUAAAGGACAGUAUCCCUUGUUUUUUUCUAUUCUUUUAAAUUUAAGAUAGACUUAAAGUCAUGUUCUUUAAGUUUAUGAUUUCUUUUAAUAAAAUAGGUGAUGAAAUAUAAACUAUUUCAAUUCUGAUGAUUUUAUAAGUUAUAAACAACCUGUUUCAUAGGAAUUGCUUUGACUCUUUUUGAUCUGAGUGAGGGAAUAAAGAGUUUGCAGUUUGA